ACUGCUGUGUUAUAUCUGCUUAUACGUCUAAAUGCAUUUUGUGAAUGGAAACUACUGACAUUAAUGCAGACCAAAUUCAGUUGAAUGAAUCAGCAAAUGUGCCUGACAUAACUGCAGUGACUACUUCCUAUCUAUUAUGUAUUGUUAGUGGCUCUUUGUCAGUUCUCAUAAUGUUUGGAAACCUUCUUGUAAUAAUCUCCAUUGUUUAUUUCAAACAGCUCCACACUCCUACAAACUUCCUGAUGCUCUCCCUGGCUGUGGCUGACCUGCUAGUUGGACUUUUAGUUUUGCCUUUCAGUGUCGUGCUCUUUGUGAGGUCAUACUGGUCUGGUCAAGGCUUGCUCUGCACUAUUCGAGGCAGCAUAGACAUGAUACUGUGUAAUUCCUCCAUUUUGAAUCUGUGCUUCAUUUCUGUUGACAGAUAUUAUGCAGUGUGUCAUCCUCUGUCUUAUAGAGUUAAAAUCAAUAGCCGCAUUGUUUGGAUCAUGAUCCUGGUGUCCUGGACUGUUUCUGUUCUUAUUGGGGUUGGUCUCGGACUGUCGCCAAACCAAAACCAAAUGAGGUGUACUUUAUUUCAAAAAAAGUCACAGAGGUCAUCAGUUAUGGGAGCCAUGUUUACAUUUUUUAUUCCAGCCUUGAUAAUGUCUUCAAUUUACUUAAAGAUUUUGAUGGUGGCAAAAAGACAGGCACGCAGCAUCCAGAAAACAACCAAGUCUGGUUCAACUGUCAGUAAAGUAGAGAGAAAGGCGACUAAAACUCUGGCUAUUGUGAUGGGGGUUUUUCUGAUGAGUUGGACGCCUUUCUUUCUUUGUCUCAACUUAAAUCCUGUGAGCAACUACACAAUACCACUUCAUGUAUUACAAGCAUUCAAGUUACUUGGAUGGUCAAAUUCAAUGCUGAAUCCGUGUGUUUAUGCUUUCUUUUACAGCUGGUUUCGAUCAGCUUUUAGGAUGAUCGUUACAGGGAAGAUACUUAAAGAUGACAUUUCUAAUUCUAAACUCUUUUGAAUUAUUAUUAGUUUCACAUGAUUGACACGUAAAUAAUCAAAUCUGGCACUAAGGACCAACAUACUACAUCUUAGAUCUCUUACGUCUGUUUUUGCAACAUAGAAACCUCUUGACCUCUACAUACUAUGUGGCUUUAAUGCUAAACAUUUGUUUUCAAAACUUUCAUGGGUCAAUGCAUCUAUACACCAAAUAUUUAUGUAUAAUUAUGUAAUGUUAUUUAUGUCUUUUACUAUGAAUUUUGUUUCAUUUGGAUUCUGCAGACACUGCAUUUGCAUCUCUGUCAUGCUUUUGAAUCAUUAUUUGACUUCCUGAUCAGGUCUUGCUCUAGAGAUUAACACAAUAUCAUUUACAUACCGUAUCUGCUUAUGCAUUUACAUGCACAUUGUGUCUGUUCUAAUCUUUGUCAACACAGUGAACAAAUCACUAUGUACUUGACCAGUACAUGUUACCCUGAUAUUGUGUCUCUGCCUCCAUAACCAUCAUGUGCAUCUAAUUCAGUGUAUGUUGUUAUUGCCCGCCUGCAGACACUGUGCAUUAAAUACAUUUACAUGUGUAAAUUUCGGUUGUUUUAAGUUUUAUUAUUUCACUUUGCUGUGGUAACACACAGGGUCUGAAUGAUAAAUCUAUAUUGUUCUUGUAGUGGUUUUAAACUUGGGGCCUAAAUUAUCUUAUCAUGUGGGAUAUAAGAGGUAUCUGCCAAAAUAGUAGAUUUGGAUGUGACUUUAUUAAUCUCUCACCAGAUAAAUUCACAAAGACAGUAAGAAUCAGAGUAAUAAAUAAUAAACAUGCAUUUUUACAUCUGUGAAUGUACAGUAUAGAAAAAUGUCAGCUAUACUGAUGAAAAGUAAAAAUAUAAUAUACUGUACAUUGUGGUAUUUACAAUUUGAGCUUAAUAUGUACAAUGUAAACCAGAAUUGCAUAUAAAUAUUAAAUAUAUUUACUAUGCCUGA